UUCUUUAUUUUCUUAGCGCUAACUAUUCCAUAUCUAAAUUUUAAUUUUGUCGGCUGAUUCUCAAUCUAGAAACAAAUUAUAUGUUCUUUGGGCCUUUUGAAGCAAAUCUUGACAAAUCUGGUUUUGAUUCGCCUCAGUUCGUACAUUUUCUUCAGUUUCCUCACCUUGACUUCUAGUUUUGAAUCUCCUCUCGUUUUCAAGAAACCAUUUCUUGGUUUUGUCUGAAUUAAAGAAAUUUUUUUCAACGCAAGUCUUCUGGCUUUAGAUAGGGUUUCAAUCUGAAUCUUGGAGUUAUAUAGUAUCGCAGGAAGAUGGUGAGAGGAAAGAUCGAGAUCAAAAAGAUCGAGAACGUGACAAGCAGACAAGUCACGUUUUCGAAGCGAAGGAGUGGUCUCUUUAAGAAGGCUCAUGAGCUUUCGGUUCUAUGCGAUGCACAAGUCGCUGCCAUUGUCUUCUCUCAGAGCGGAAGAUUAUACGAAUUCUCUAGCUCCGAGAUGGAGAAGACAAUAGAAAGAUAUGGCAAGUUUACUAAUGGCUACUUUGUGUCAGGGAGGUUCCAAGUAGAACUAUACUUACAGAAGCUGAAGAAGGAAAUGGACAUAAUGAUGAAGAAGAUUGAUCUCCUUGAACUUCAUCAACGGAAGCUAAUGGGGCAAGGUUUGGGUUCGUGUUCAGUGGCAGAACUUCAAGAGAUAGACACUCAGAUUGAGAAAAGCCUUCGUAUUGUCAGAUCAAAAAAGGCUGAUUUAUUUGCAGAUCAACUAAGGCAGCUAAAAGAAAAGGAGAGAAAACUCUUGGACGAGAGAAGAAGGCUACGUGAAGAGGAAAUUAAAGAAAGGUUGAUGCGACCAAUGCAGCCAAUAACCUUACAUAGUGAGAAAGGUGAAGCUGAGGAUGGUUGCGGAACCAAUCAUUCAGCAGAGGUCGAAACCGAACUAUUUAUUGGAUUGCCCGUGGCUGGAUUAUGACAUAUUUCGCAUGGUCCUUAAGUUUGGUUAUAGUUUAAUCACUUCGAUUCGAUGUGUGUAUACUAUAAUUCCAUAGUUUUUGGGUGUUUUGACCAUCCAUGUGUAUAAAAUGGUAAUAAUAUGACAUGUAUGUUUAAGUUUGCCACUUUAAUUUCUCUUCUUAUGGAAUAAUCGUGACAU